AUGGCGAGUGAGAUCGCGAAGGGCUGUAAUUACUUGGAGUCGAUCGGACGGACGCACCGGGACUUAAGCGCCAGGAAUAUCAUAUUCGUGGCCAAGAAUCUGGUGGUGAAGAUCAGCGACGGCGGCGCCUAUCGGGACAAAUAUCGGGCCGACUAUUACAACGGAAUGCCCAUCCGGUGGAUGAGUCCGGAGUCCAUAAUCGACGGCCGAUUCAGCGCCAAAUCCGAUGUCUAUAGCUUUAGCACAACGUUUUGGGAGAUCUUGACGUACUGUAAAUCGCGACCCCAUUACCAACUGUCCGACCAGUCGUUGCUCACACUCAUCGUCAACACCAGCAAUGGUGCCGAUGAUGUGCCGCCACUGGUGUUGGGCCGACCCCUGCACUGUCCCAAAGAGAUCUACGAUCUGAUGGUCGAGUGCUGGCAGACCAAUGAGAACCAGAGGCCGCCCUUUCAUGAAAUCGGCCUAUUUUUGCAACGAAAAAAUCUGGGCUAUCAAAAGCCCGGACCCGACCACUGA